AUGCAGACUUGUCCAUAUCAAUGUAUCGUAUUGUAUCUAAGCCAGGGCCGCUCCCAACUAGUUGUCGCACAUGCCGACAAAGGCGAAAAAAGUGUGAUGUGGCGAGACCAUGCUGUGAGAGAUGUAAAAAAGAUGGCUAUGAAUGCCUGGGAUACGAUAACGGUCAAGUCCGCACCAGCCUUCGUCAGGUUCGUCCCGAUGCGUUGGUGGAUUCUCGGCCACGAUAUGUUGCUCAGACUUUUCCAGCCGGAGGAAAGCGGUACACAUGUAGAAUGUUUUGCUAGACCAUCAAUCCUGGGAGCUGCGAUGACUUACGGUAUGACCAACGCUACUUCUUCGAACGAAUACAGCGAUACGAUCGGCGAGCUGUCGGAGGAAUUUGAGCAUUUAUGGCUGGAGCGUUACACUCAACCAAUUACAUAUACCUGCUCAUCGGAGCGACAACCCCUUUGCAGUAGGAGGCCUUUGGAAGCAGGAUCGGGCGCGCCAGAUAUCAGCAACGGUGUGGCUCGGGAUGUCCGAUGUCUUUAUUCUGGUAUUCCGCCUUCUGUGGAUGCAUCACGAGCGAUGAGAGAUGAAUACCUUGCACAAGUUGCCAAUGAAUAUUUUAUUGAACAACUUGAUUGCUGGUUUACGUCGCCCCCGCCUGCCGUUAGUGGUCUAAUGGCAAGCCAGCAGAGUGGACCUACAAGAAUACUACUGGUUGUACACUUUGGGGCAAAACUUCUUCAAGCACUGAAAGAGGAUAUCCCAAUAAUUCAAACAUAUAUCGGCUGGAUUGAUAGGUAUGAAGACUCUCUCACUAGAGAGUCUAGCAGUCGUCCAUCAUUGAGUGAGACCAGGGACUGCCUUAUGAGCCAUCUAAAGCUAGCGACCUUUAAAUCUACUCUCGUGGAUAGUACGGCGGGAUACGUCCUACUUCAAAGAGCAUAUCCCAAGUUUCUCCUAGUUGUGGCUACCGACUCAGACUUAUUAGUCGAACAACCUAACGGUAGUCUCGUCAUAUCUUUCUCUCGGGUAAUCAGUGCGCCUUGGGACGCGGUCGUAUGGUUUGCUAUGUACGACACAGUCUCAGCAUUUUUGCUUGGAACUAUACCCCUGGCAGAGUACGGAUACAAUUGUGAAGGCGGCUCCGAGCAGCAUAGAUUCGAGUGGAUAUAUGGAAUUCCGGUUGCGAUGCUCCAGGUUAUCGCCCAAGUCAACUCUCGGAGAGCUGGAUCGAGAGUAGCUCUGGACGACUUGCAAACACUGGAGAGGCGUGUCAUGGACUGGAAGGUGUCGUUCUCCAUGAUAAAGAUUGGCCGUAGUGCCGACAGCGUCGACAAGGAGAGGGCCCGAGCAGACUCAAAAGAAGCCGCUAGGGCGUUUGCGGUGUGUCAUCCCAUGAUGCGCGAGUACAAGCUUCCGUGA